GAUCAUGUCUCUUCACGAGUGGUUCGGAGAUCGAGAGGUCCUCCUGACGGGAGUUACCAGUGAGGUAGGCCGUAUUCUUCUUGAAAAAGUCCUACGAACUUUUCCGGAGCUCAAAGUUCACGCGGUGCUUAGGUCGCGUUUCGGUUACUCCAAGGACGAUCGGGUUAAGAAAAUCUUUGCCUCUCCAGGAUACGAAAGACUGCGGCAAAAGGACCCAAAUGCAAUUUCACGAGUGAAGGCCUUAGAGGGAAACAUUCUUUACGAAGGUCUCGGACUGAGUAAACAAGACAAAGCCACAUUGAGGAAAGUCAGCGUGGUUUUACACGCAGCUGGACCACAUGAUUAUGUUCUUGACUUUUGCCAAGAAUUGCCAAACCUUAGAGCUGUUGCAGCAGCCUCCAACCUCUUCAGAUAUAGAGGACAAAUUAGUGAGACAAUUCUCAACGAAAAAGUACCUGAUGUCCCAUUGGCUAUCGUCCGAUUCCCAAUUAUUGGUCCAGUUUGCAAGGAACCCAUGCCAGGAUAUGUUGAAAUUUUAAAGGGGCCAACAGCUUUAAUGGUAGGGGCCGGAUAUGCAUUCGGACACUCAGAUUGUCAAGCUGAACUGAUACCGGCUGACCUUGCUGGUAAUACUCUUAUUGCUGCUGCCUGGGAACGCGGCUUAAGGAGUAAAUCUGACAAACCAUCAGUAUACAAUGCAACAACAAUUGGCUGCACAUGGGACGAUCUUAUUCAACAGGGAUAUAAGUGGAACCAAAAGUUCGCAUAUCCAACUUUCAGUUAUCGUGGGAUGACAUUAAAUGCAAUGCUUCACUGGUGGGUCAUCUUUUUCAUUGAAUGGCUGCCCUCCGUGAUUUGUGAUACAGUCUUGUCCCUGUUUGGGGCCAAACAGAGAAUCGUCGCGGAACACGUCCGAGUGCGAAAUGCGCUUCGGUCCCUGGAGUCAGUCGCAUCCAAGCCGUGGUCAGUGGAGAGAAAUCACGUCAAUCGACUUCAAAAGCGCCUUAGCCCCGAGGAUCAGGAAACAUUUCCUCUUGUGGCUGAUAUUGACGUCGAAUCCUACGUUUUGUGUGCAGCUGCAGCCAGCAGAAAAUAUUGCGUUGACGAAACUAGCAUUAAGAUUGUUCGAGUUUUUACCAGAAUUCUUUUGUCACUUAUUUUUGUCGCACUAAGCUAUAUUCUUUUAAUUUUUUUCAAGCCAUGAAUGCAGAGAAAAGCCGAAAAAAUAAUUUCUGAAAGAAAAUAAAACUAUCCUCAACUGGAACUAAGCGACGUGGAAAUAUCGACAGUAUUGCGCAGAUCAGGAAAAA